AUGAGUGCAAAGGACCGCAGAGAUGAGGUUCGAGCAAAGUUGGCGAUGCUCAAGAAGAAGCGACUAGAUGCCAGUAAUGAAAACCGCAAAGAAGUGUACAAAGAACGACGAAAAAUGACCACGAAACUGACUGAUGAGGAGAACGAGACGAAUUCAAAAGACGAAAAACAGCCGGAAAGAGCACGAAAUUGGGAUUAUACAAUCCAGGAGGAUGCGGAAUGGACCAAACGAACCACUAAUAAAAAUUUGGGAUCUCAAAACAUGAACAAAUUGGCAGAACUGACAUACAAGAAGGAAAUUGAAGAGAUUAAAAUCGACAAAGAAGCCUACGAGCAAGCUAAGACUGAUACUACCCAUAGUAGCGACCUGACUCAUCAUGUUGACCCGGAAAGGGCCAAAUUUUUGGCAAACAAAAUUGCAGCCGAUAACGAUAGGAGAUAUAAGCGUCGUCAAAACGACCGCGAAGAUGGCGGAAACUAUAUUAACGAAAAGAACCGACAAUUCAAUAUGAAAUUGAAGCGAGAAAAGCGCCAAAAGACCGACGAUUUAUAG